AUGCAGAGAGCAGAUCUCGUCAACCAUGGGAACAGCCACCUCCCAGGAACAAGCCUCCCAGCCCCCUGGGUGGCCAUGGGCUCUGCCUAUGGUUCCUGCACCUGCCAGGGGGCCCAGCCUGUAACUGACCCAGCCUGCUGUCCUGACACACGGACUGCCUGUGUCUUCCACCCCUGGAUGGGGUUCCCACCAAAUGCCUGCCCAGCCCCUUGGGCCUACAUGUGGGUGCCCUUCAGUGGGUACCUCUGGAUGGGCUGUCCACUGCCAGCUGCCUCAGCGCCUUCUUUUUGGCCAACGGGCUCCUCCAGCUUUGACCCCCACAUGGGAAGCCAGCACCUGGCUGCCUGGGCCUCCAGCGUCUUUCCUUACCCCAUGGGCCCCCCGCCCCCAUACCCUUCGGUCCCUCCCACUCUGGGCAGGGAUGCCUCUGGCCGGUGUCCCCAGCUGGGAAGCCAGACUCCAGCCAACCCAGCCUUCAGGGCUACAGUGCAGAAGCCGUGCAGAGGAGCUCCCCACGUGCAGAGGCACGAGGCCCCUCCUUUAGAAUGGGCCUCCAGGUUCAGUAUUUGGGCACGUCUGCCACCCUGCAGCUCAGAACUCUGCCCUCUGUCCCCUUCCCCCAUCGAAGACCCUCAGCCGAAACCCCGCCGCUGCCUCUUUGAAAGCUAG